UAUUUCAGGGGGAGGUGGAGAACAACAGAGUGAAUGUUAUAGGGAUGAAAGACACUGAGCAGCAGGGCUAAGGAGACAGUGUCUGCUGAGGAUCAGUGGACAGACCGAGAAAUGGAUAUAACGGCUUUCAUUUGAGGCACUCACAGUUGUGGUCAUGAUCUACUCUGGACUCAAAUAACAUGGCGGCUAUUGUGCCUCUGCUUUCCGUGUGGAUCCUUGGUGCAGUGACAAGCUGCUCCUGUGAUGAAGACUUUUGCGCAAAAGGAGCUCAGAUUGACCGAGACAGUUUACACUGUUACUGGAUGCCAACAUCUGCAUCAACAUGGUUGCAUGGAAGAAACAUUUGUCAGAGAGUGAAAGGAGGAGACCUUGCACUGGUGGACAAAGCAAACAUUCAGAACUUUAUAAAAAACACAUUUCAGUUAGAAGUACCUGCUUUGGUUUGGCUGAGAAAUGGAGUCACCACAAAUCCACAUCAGCACAGUGGGCCAGGAGCUGAAAGCUCUCCAGACGGAGAUGAAGAGCAGGAGAUUUGUCCUCAGAUGGCUCUGGCUUUGGGACAGUGGAUGAGUGGCCCAUGUAACCAAGAGCAUCGCUUCAUCUGUGGGAAAGAAAUGUCAGUGCCUUUGCCAACACUGGACAGCUCUGUGGCAGGAGUGCCACUGAUGUCCAGCACAUACACACAGGCCCUGCUGCUCCCACUACCUUCAGCACCUGAUCUUGAACAGCGUAGAGUCGAAAUGAUGCUGUUCCCAGGACUAUGGUUUAGUCAUGGAGGACAAGUGCUCUCUGUAGAUUUGGUAUCUCAGCCCAGUCAGCAGAUCACAAUGGUGAAAGUGCAGAUCUUAAGACCCUACUGCAGCCUGAGUCAUCACCUAGUGCCCCCCGGCUGCAGCUCUCUCUCCAACCCCUUCAGCUGCUGCCACCCAGUACCUCUGUGCAACACCACUGGUGGUUGUACCAGUGGACAGUACUGGUGCCCCCUGCUGGAGAGCUGCCUGCCAGUCACCAGACCAUGCAGCACUUACCACUCGUCCACUGGAGGACGGGUCUUUCCCCUGCCACCCCGCUACUCUGCAGUGGCUCCUUUCUACCACAUAGUGGCAGAUGUAUCUUUGAAAAUCCCCCCAGCCUCAGAGCGUGUUCAUUUCAAGGUAACAUUCCAAGAAAAGCAGAUCCUUGUCUAUCCAGAUGACAUCUUAGCAGUGCAGCACAGCAGACAAGCAGGCGCUUUCCUGCACUGUGUGAGUGGCUCUGACUCUGGCUGGCGUCAGAGCUACCUUUCCCUGCCAGGACCGGAGUGGGGAGGCUGGCUGGAGGCCGGUCUCACUGGCGCAAUGGACAGAGGCCGGUGGGUGGAUGGCGUGGUAUGCGACCUGAGGCUCAUCUACCAGGACACUAUGCAUCUCUAUGGUGUUUCACUAGUGCUGAACAGCACAAAAAGUGAGUUUGGUAUGGUCACCACCACACCAGCUACCAGUUUGGUCAAUGCACAGACCCCAGUCUCAGGGAUGAGUGUCCUGCACCCCAAGCCUGGUGAAGACAACCUGAUACACCUGCCAGUGAAUGUCCCAACGCUAAUAAUCAUCAAGAUCCUUUCAGGUUACAAUGCUACAAGUGCAUGGUCAGCCCCAGUGUCUAAGACAAGGAUCCCUUUCCUACUGUCCUGUCCACCAGAGAUGCUUAAACUCCAGGGAGCUUGUGAGAGGGACACACCUGAUACGAGGUUCUCUUAUGCCUAUGUCACGCUCUAUAGCCAAGGAGAACAAACUCUCAAUAUUACUGCAUCCAACAAGUUGAACUCACAGACACUGAGUGUGAAGCUACAAGCUCAUAUUCUCCUGACAGGGCUUCACAUAGAGCCACAGGGCUUCCACAGAGUUCUGGUGGACAUACCGCAGUUGUUUACAGCAGCUGUGGCCACUGGUUCAUCCAUGAAGUACACUUGGGUUAUCGAUAACCUUGUCCAGCUUGCCCACACAGGAGAGGUUUAUACUGUAGUUUUCAAGAAGCCAGGAGGGCAUAUACUUAAGGUGACUGCAGAGAAUCCUGUUAGCUCUCAGUUCAUAGAGGUCAAGAUAUCAGCUGAUGCAAUGGCCCCAUUAUCCAACUUAGAUUUACUCUUCAAGGAGGAUGCUAUUGCUGUGAACACAUCCAAUAUCUACAUUCUGAGACUUCAAAUGGACAUCUCCAUAGGUGUUACAAUAAGGUGGGAUUUUGGUGAUAGUUCUCCCUGUGUGAAUCACACAGUUUCUGCCCCUUUAGAGAGAAGUAAUAAUCUUCUAGAUUUGACUACAACACAGAUGCAUCUGGAAGACUCUGCACAGCAUACUUACACAAAUCCAGGUGAAUAUACACUGAGGAUACAGGCCCAAAAUAAAUAUGACCACAUUGAAAAGGCGGCGCAAAUUACAGUGCGGUCUCCACUGACAAGGCUACUGGUCUCAUCACUGCCAACAAUCCCUAAAGUCAACCAAACUGUUCUUUUUGAAGCUUCUUCACUGUCAUCAUCAUAUGGUAUACUCUAUACAUGGAACUUUGGCAGUGGCCCCCUGGAGAUCACAGGAGCUCAUAACACAAUCAAGCAUUCUUUUAAGGCAGCUGGUGUGUACAAUGUUUCAGUUUGUGCCAAUAAUGGCCUGUCAAGGCUAGUUGCCUGGAUGACUAUUGAAGUUGCUGAAACCAUCUCAGGUCUUUUUCUGAGUUACAAUGGACCAAAUGAACUCAAUUCUGUUACUGAAAUUAGCGGAACAGUGUCUACAGGCACCGGUCUCAGAUGGACCUUUGAGCUUGGUGAUGGGUCAGUGUUUAAUGACCUCCCCAAGAGCUUGAUCUCCCACAUCUACAGGUCUGAAGGAAACUACACUGUUUGUGUAACUGUUACUAAUGCUGUCAGCACAGCAACACAGUCAAUCAAUGUAGAAAUCUAUAAGCUGUCUAUUCAAGCAAUCCUUCCAUUUGACUGCAUUGCAAGUGGGAAGGAAAUAACUCUUCAGACACUGGUGACUGGAAAUGUCUCUUUACUAACUUUCCAUUGGAGUUUUGGAGACGGGACACCUUUAUCUGUGAGGAGAGGAACCUCCAAGGUUGCUCAUACUUUCUCUGGCUCUGGGAAUUAUCUUACUAAUGUGGUUGUUUACAGCCAAGCAGGAUUCACACAUUAUCAGUCUAACGUGUGUGUUGAAGCCUUAAUCACAGAUUUGAGUCUUCACUUAGCCCAGAACACUGUAGCAGUGGGUGAAGAGAUAUGUUUGAAUGUGUCCGUACUUCCCACUGGUGGCAAUGGUUACCAAUUUCUGUGGUAUAACAGCUCAUCCAGUGACUCUCCAGUCCAUGGAAAAUCACAUCACUGCUUUGUUUUUUCAAAGGAAGGAAUGCAUGAAAUCAUGGUACUCACACAUAACCAAGUCAGCCACAAAAUAGCAAAUGCCACUAUUUUUGUUCAACAGCCUGUAUUAAAGCUGUCUAUACAACGUCAAGGUACCACAGAUGCAUUUAAGGUCAAUGAGUCUUAUUAUUUUUGGACUGAACCAAGCCAAAAUAAUGGAAUUAUUGAAUGGGACUUUGGAGAUGGCACCCUAAGGAAGGAAGGCCAAAAUCAAACACAUGCUUUCACUUCAUCUGGUAGCUUUCGUGUCACUGCUUCAGUUUCUAAUGCAGUUAGCCAAGAGUCUGUGUAUGCUUACAUGGAAGUACAAAUUCCUAUAUCUAGUCUAGUAAUUCAUACUAAUCUGCAUUUGGUAGAAGCAGGCCAAGAAACAGUAUUCACUGUUGUAAGCAAUGUCAUGGACAAUGUGCAUUUUUACUGGACAGUGGAUCCCCUCUUUCCAACAAGACUUGGAAUGUCAGAGAACAGAUAUGUGUUUCCCAAGGCAGGGGUUUUUGAGGUUAAAGUCACAGUAGAGAAUCUUGUCAGUAAAAUGGAAAAUUCAACUUCAAUUGUGGUGGUAGAAAGAAUACGUGGUGUGAAAAUUACAAGCCAGAUGCUUAUAUCUAUGAGAUAUUUUCCUACAAAGCAGACUAUCACAUUCACAGCCUUUGUAAAAUAUGGCUCCAGCUUGACAUUUCAGUGGUUGGCUUAUCAAGAUGGACUUAAUGGAACAGUUGGUGAAGGUGAACAUUUUAAAUUCUUAGCAAAUAACUCAGGUGAUGUGUCUGUAAAACUAACAGUCUCCAACGCCCUUGGCAAAGUGCAUAGCAACAUUUCACUGAGAGCAGUGGAGCGCAUUUCUGGGGUGAAUAUCUCAACACCAGAGUAUGUAGUAGCAAGCGGAAAACCUGUCAAGAUAUCAGUGAGUGCGAAGACUGGGACAGACCUUCAGUAUAUAUGGUUUCUUGACUCUGACCGGUCUCCUGUAACUUCAGAUGUGCCUUUUGUUUUUCACAUAUUCAAAGCCACUGGUAUUUUUAACGUAAAAGUGUCAGUGGCCAAUACACUUGGCUCUGCUGAUGCCACUAAACAAUUCAGAGUUCUGGAGGAUGUCUCUGGAACUGAUUUUGAAGUGGAUGGAAAAACACAUCCUUUCUUUUUUACAUCAAACAGCUUCUUGCAGUUCCAUGGGUUUAUCAAAAAAGGAAAUGUUCUGUAUUGGGAGUGGACUGUGGCAUUUCCUGGAAGAAACGUGAUUAUUUUAGGUAACAAUCAAACAGUAAGCUACUCGUUUAGGGAUGUAGGGGAAAACUGUGUAACACUAAAUGCCUCAAAUGACAUUAGUUGGCAGACAGUGUCACACAUAAUAACAGUGCAGGAUGCCAUCCAAGGUCUUAAUUUAAGAGUUAGUGAGCCUAUUAUCUGUGAGAAUGAACCAGUCACUUUCACGCCAUCUGUUUCUCAAGGAAGUGGAGUUUUGUUCAUCUUGAUAUUUUCAAGUUGGAAUUCCUCCCUAAGCAUUCAGGAAGUUUUUACCACCGCAUCUCUUCCUGUCGGAAACCACAUAGUCAAAGCAAUUGCUAAAAAUCAUGUCAGUUUUUCAUUCACAAGUGUGACCGUACAGGUCAUGGAAAAAAUAAAGGGCCUUCAUUUAAUUAACUGCUGCUCUGCUGCUUUAGAGGCAUCAAAGUCAUUCAUUUUCAAAGCAUCAGUUAGCACGAAAUCUGAAGUCACGUAUCAGUGGACUUUCAGUUUAGAUGGUUUUAAUACCUCACAAAAAAUUGGGCAAAAUGUCCUGUUUUCACCAUCUAGCAAUGGCUCCCUAUCUGUGACAGUUGAAGCUAGCACCAACUUCUGUUCACAAUCCAUUACAAAAACAGCAACUGUUCAGUGGCCAGUAAAGGGAGUCAGGCUUGCUGGCUACCCAGAGGGACCUUUCAUAGAUCAGCUUGUCACUUUUCUUGCCCUCACAGACAGUGGCAGUGACCUUGAGUUCAGGUGGGACUUUGGCGACUCUGAUGAUGCAAUCAAAGUUGCAAAGUCUAAUAGGGCCAUCCACAGAUACAUUGCUGAAGGCAGAUUUGUAGUGCAAGUAACUGUUUUCAAUAAUGUGAGCCAGAUUUCUGCACAGAUGCCAGUUGUGGUUAGGACACUAGACUGCAUUCAGCCUCAAGUCACCCUAAUCCAAGAGCAAUCGAAGAUUUUUGGGUCCAGGCCAAACUAUUUUGAAGCAAUCGUGGACCUCAAUGGUUGUGCCUCUUAUAAGACCACCUAUCUCUGGGAGAUCUUCCAUGAUUCAAACUGCAUAGAGAAUAAAGUGCCAUUAGACAGUUUGAUGGAUGUUACCACACCACUCCUCUUUCUUCCAAGGCAUACACUUGUAGUAGGGGACUACUGUGUGAAGUUUACUACUAGGUUUCAAGGAACACCCCUGCGACAGCACAAGACCAUCAAGGUAUCAGUUAUCUACAGUCCACUGGUGCCCUUGAUCAGAGGUGGAUCUCACCGACUCUGGUCAAGCCAGAAUGACCUGGUACUGGAUGGAACAGAAUCUUAUGAUCCUGACUGUGGAGUAGAGGAGGAUAAGCUCUUACAGUUUCAGUGGAAUGUUACACUGCAGCAGAGCACCACAGUAUCUCACGCUCCAGGAUCCUUCCACACUGACCAGCCUAUUCAGCUGAACAGCAGCACCCUCAUUUUGCCAAGCUACGUCCUGAAGUUGGCCACGGUCUACCAAAUCACACUAACAGUUCAGAAAGAUGGCAGGUCACCUGUCUCCACCAAGCAGAGUGUAACAGUGUAUGAAGCAGACAUGCUUCCUGUGACUGUGAAGUGUGUAUCCUGCAGUUUACUGUUCUCUUCAUAUGUUAGUCUCAGCCAUCCUACUGUUCUGUCUGGACAUUGUGCUCUGUGCAAUGGCACUCUUCAGUAUAAGUGGACUGCAGAGAAUACAAGAGGGGAAGUUCUGCACCUAAAUGAAGUUACAACCACAACUGGAGACAGCAAUCCUGACCUUGUUAUCAGGCCUGACGUGCUGAGAAUUGGAUGGGAAUAUGUAUUCAGUCUGAAUGUGUCCCAACCUUCUACUGGUCUAUGGGGAUCAGCUGGUAUUGCUGUAACACCAAACCUCCCACCCCAGAGAGGCAAUUGCACUCUGUCAUCAGAAGAUUCUGUUCAGCUUCUGCAAAAUAUGGUCUCAUUCAACUGCUCAGGCUGGGUGAAUGAAGACAGUAAGUCUGCUCAGAUAAUAUACUCCCUUCAGGCAGCACAAUGUGAAGACCCUGGACCACAGUGUUCCUUCAUAACCCUAUACAGAGGCACCCAACACACAUUUAAGUCCAUGAUGCCCCUUGGCAGUGCUAGAACAGGUGAUAAUACCUCCAUUAUAACUGUACUGCUACAGAUCGAGGACAAUAUGGGGGCCAAAGUCACUGCUCUCAGAAGGAAUCUGUGGGUGGUGUUACCGGUGAGUGUGCCAGGAACAACAGAAAGGCUGAAGAAGAAAAGUCAGAGAGACCUUUGGGCUCUGCUGCAGCAGGGCAAACCCCAGGAUGUGCUGCUGUACUCUACAGCCCUAACCAGCCAUCUGAACCAGUUAGAGGUUGUCAGUGUCCAAGACGCUGAGGACAGAAUGCAGAUACGAGGCAGCGUGCUCCGAGUGCUGGCCUCUCUCUCCGUGACUUCCCUCCAGGAUGCUGCACAGAUCAGCUCAGCUCUGGCUCACGCCACUGUGGCUGUUCCUGCAGAGUAUGGAGACUCUCACACUAACAUUGUGGAGGCCAUGAGGAAGAUGAUCAGAGUGAUCAGAGAGCAAACCAGACAAGGAGAUGUCACCCCAAUAGACACUGGAAGAAACAUUCUGAAAGUUCUCAGCAGCUUCAUGACUACGGUUGAAAAACAAAAGAACACAAAUGCAGCCACUUCAGAAAUGGUCUUGUCAGCCUUGAAACAGGCAGGUGAGCUCAUGCGCUCCUUAAUGUGGUCACGGAUGCCCGGUGAGGAGCCCGUUUCCCUGCGGCUUCCGCAGAUUCAUGCCGUGGGCUUCAGGGGCGACCCAACAUCAAACCUGCUGUGUACAGCUCACUCCCGUCGCUGCCAGUUCCACGUGCCCCCAGCGCUCAGCUCCCAGCUGAGGAAAGAGAGAGGGGAAGUCCUUCAGAUUCUCCUGGUCAUGCAGCCUCGGGGGAACCCUUUCAUCUCCGCGGCGGAGCCGCCAAUCUCCACCACACUAGCAGCUGUGGAGUUUGCUACACCAGAGGGUCUGCCCAUCCCCAUAGCUAACCUCACAUCAGGCACCGCCAUCCAUGUCAUUCUGCACAACCAGGAGGCCGAGUUCUCCCCGAGGGUUAAUAUCAGCCUGCCACAGAAAGGCAGUGUGAACUUCACUGUCAAAGCUGUCAAGACAGACCCUCAUGCUGGACUCUUUAUUGCCUUUAAUUUCAGCUUGAUGCAAGGUACUGGUCAGAAAAGCUCUGGACAAUUGAGCAUCACUGUGGCUGAUCAACAAAGCUUUCUGCUGUCCCAGCAAACCCUCAUUCAGGAGCUCACACUCUCUCUCUCUGCUGAUGUUCCUUCAAUGGAUCAUACGAUCUUUCUUACCCCGCUCUUGAACGGCUCUGCUAAGGACCUGUAUGUGACUCUGAGCAGCAGCGUGGACGGAGCGCAGGUGCUCAUCUCCACCUGUGUGUUUGGCUCACUGUGUCAGUUCUUCAGCAUGGAGCAGAGACGCUGGAGCACAGAGGGCCUGAGCGUGCUCAGCAGCAGCAACCCCAGGGCAGCCCACUGCCUCACCCGUCACCUCACCCUUUUCGGGGCCAGCCUGUUCGUCCACCCCGAUGCCAUCGUGCUUCUGCCUCCAUCAGACAGGCCGGCGAGGAACGUGGUUGUGGGGAUAGUGUGUGGAGUUCUACUCUUGAUUCAUCUGCUGGUUGGUCUCAUUGCCCACAAACUUGACCACGUGGAGAGUGUGCGGUUAAGCUGUGUACCCCUGUGUGGUCAACCGGGUCGCUAUCGCUACCGGGUAUUGGUCAAAACAGGCUGGCAGAGAGGGUCUGGUACCUCUGCUCAUGUAGGAAUUAGCUUGUAUGGUCUAAACAAAAGCGGCUCGCGUCACCUGCGGAGAGAGGGAGCAUUUCAGAGGAAUGGUUUGGAUGACUUUCAGGUAGAAACUGAUGCCAACUUGGGAGAAAUCUGGAAAAUAUGCAUCUGGCAUGAUAACACAGGUCUGGAGCCCUCCUGGUAUCUACAGCAUGUGAUAGUCUGGGAUAUGCAGAUGGAUAACUUAUUCUUCUUCUUGGUGGAGGACUGGCUGUCUGUAGAGAAUGAGAAUAACUCUGGAAUGGUCCGGAAAGUGGUGCUGGCCACUUGCCCCCUGGAGCUGCAGCAGUUUGGAAGAAUUUUGCGUGCACAGUUGCACUUUGGCCUGCGAGAGCACCACCUUUGGCUGUCUUUAUGGGAACGUCCAGCUCACAGCACCUUCAGCCGGGCUCAGAGAGUGACCUGCUCUGCCUUGCUGGUGCACCUGUACCUUGCUGCUGGGGCAGUGUGGUACGGAUCAGUGGGCUCGAGGAGCAGCAGUGGUCCAGUUGCUGAGCACAUGCUAAUGAACCUAGAGACCGUACUAGUUGGAAUGACAGUUGCUGUUCUGAUGUUCCCUCUACAAUUUAUCCUCACCUUCCUUUUCAGGAUGACAAAAAGCAAGGUGGUAAUGGAGCGCUCUCUUCCCCCUUCCCCCGUUGGUGAUACAGUAGAGAUGGACGUGAACCUCAGCCACGCGGCUCUCUCCUAUUCGUCCUUCCUGUCCUUGACUCAAGGCCCUGGGUCCUCCACACAGGAGGGUGCAUCCCCUUUUACUGAGUCCUUGGAUGGCCUAAAACUGGAGUGUGAAUCUCGGAAAACAUCAAACUUUGGGCGCGAAAGCAGAGUGGAUGAGUGGGCGUCUGGGGAGAGCAUUUGUGACCUCCCUGAGUCUACGGGUCCUGCACGGCUCCUGAAAAGAAACCGAGCUCUUCUACAGUUACAAUUGACUACUUCAACUUCUGACCUUCUGACCUUUGAACAUAGUAGUUCUCCAUAUCCAAAGAACCAGCCAUUCUAUGAUGAGGAUCCGAGGACCACUGCUGCUUUGCCAGGGCCGACUGCACCUGACAGUGGACGCUGUUCACCUAACGAGACCUUUCUGUGUGACAGUCAGGAGAGCUACUGCAGCGAGCCAUCAGAACAGAGUGUGGUUGAAAUGAAGCACGAGGCAGGGCUUUAUGGGUCCAGCUCCUCCCUGUCAGUCUGUAGCCUGGCCAGCACCUACCUUCCCAGCCUCCCUGCCGACUCGCUCAGCACCACCUCCAACACUCGCAUUGGUGUGCCUCGUGGUGGGUCUGCUCUGAGACUGCCUUCUUGGGUCUUGGUUGUGGUGUACCUGAUGGUGUUUGUGGUGUUGGGGACCUGCCUGGCCAUGGUGGGGUUAUAUGGGGGCGCAUUCUCAAGCUCUACGGUCCUCAUGUGGCUUACCUCACUCCUGUCUGCUUUCCUCACCUCUGCUCUGCUCAUUGAACCUCUUGUGAUAUGUGUUCGGGCAGUGUACCUCGCUGCCGUGGUGAAGCCAGUGGACCCCGAGGUGGAGGAACGUCUGGCCUGGGACGCCCUGGUGCGGAGCACAGAGGAAGACUGUAGAGUUGAAGUGCAUCCUCCCUGUGGCUACGGCCUACUACAAGCUAAAGAGGAGGCACGAAAACUUCGAAAACUCCAUACUCUCAUGAGGAAUUGCCUAGUCUACACUCUGUUCCUGUUGCUGGUUUUGAUGGUGAACUACCAGGAGAAUAUCCAGGAGAGGAAUGGCAGAAUGCUCCACUCUGCUGUGAAACACUCGAUCAUGUCAGGGUGGUCUGGGCAGCCAACAGCCCUGUCAGGAUGGAUGGAAGCCUGGCAGUGGCUGGAUCAGAGCUUGGCACCACACCUCCACCACAAUCCAUCGCUCUCUCUGAUUGGCUUAUCACGAUUACAGCGUGUGAAGACAAAAAACUUUUGUGAGGAAACCACCAAAGAUUCAUCCAAACACAGGUGGCCGUCAAUCACACUCACUUCUCCUGUUUCGCAACGUUCAAAUUCUGGACCUGUGAGAGGAAUGGCCCUUCCCAGCAGCUCAGCACCUCGGCUUUCCUGGCCAUGGACCCAGGCUCAGUCAUGUGUGCUCAAUGAGGCUGAAGUGAUAUUGCUCAGAAACAGCAGCAUGGCCACCAGUCACAUCCUGUCAGGUGUGCAAACAGCACACUGGAUCCCAGCAGAGACCCGUGCAGUGGUAGUUGAGUUCACGCAGUACCACAGACAGACAGGGCUGCUGGUGCCCGUUUCCAUACUGCUGGAGAACAGCCAGUCGGGCAGGAUCCUCUCCACCAUCUCCAUCCAGGCCUUUCACAUCCCAUCAUCUUCCUCUGGACUGGACCUCAGCAUCGCCUUAACGGCUCUUCUGCUCCUCUCUGCGUUGGGCUUCCUGACCGCUGAGCUGCGGAUGAUGGUCCAGGAGCGUGCCCAGUACCUGAGUCAGGGCCGGCGCCUGCUGCAGCUCCUGCUGGCCCUGCUGGCCCUGGCGACGGCCUCGCUGCGCCUGGGCUUCUUGUGCACUGCCAUGGUCCGCCUCUCCAGCCAGCUGUCCCAGCCCGACACCUACACCAGCUUCAGCGGCGUGGCCGGUUUGGCCCGAAGUGCCUCGCAACUCGCAGCAGUCUUACUCAAUCUGCUGGCCCUGCAGAUGGUGGGUGUCUUGCGCUUUGUGCGGAGGUGGGUGGUGCUGAGCAGGAUGCUGCGUCAGGCGUGCUCGGAGAUCUGUGGCGUGGUCUUGGGCUUUCUGCUUCUGCAGCUUCUCUUCAUCCACACAGGCUGCGUGCUCUUCUCAGCUUCGGUGGAGGGAUUUAGCACCUGGUGGCGAGCCGGCCAGUCUCUGCUGGGGUUGCUGAGGAGUGGUGCAGUGCUCCAUCACCUAUGCCAGCAGCAUCCAGCACUGGGGCCGCUCUAUUGCCUCGCAGUGUUCGGGCUGGCGUUCUGGGCUCUCGGGCGGCUGUGCAAGAUGCUCACGUACAAGAUGCUCCAGGCUGAAAUGUACCGGCCGGUCAUGGAGACACAGGGUUAUGAGAUGGUGGAGUUUCUGAUCAAGAGACUCAAGAUGUGGAUGGGCCUUAGCAAGACAAAGGAGUUCAGACACCGUGUGAAGUUUGAGGGGAUGGAGGGUCCACCCUCCAGGUCGUCCCAGUACUCGCAGCUUUCCAUCCUGUCUGUGCCCUCAUGUCCGGCAGGGCCUCGCCUGCUCUCCUCUCCCUCCUCUCUGGCCUCAGAGACCUCCAUCCUCUCAGACAGCCAGGAGCUGCAGCAGCACCUGGACCGCCUGCUGCCCUCUGUGGACAGCCUUCUCGCUGGCUUCAGUCGCAUCAACCAGCUGACCAACGAUGUGCUGAACAUUGAGCUGCAGCUCCAGAAGGCCCAGAGGAGAAAGAAACAGAAGAAACCACAGCUGCUAACCACUCCAGAGCCUGCUCUGACCCCCAAACUACCACAACCCAACCAGCCUAAUUUGCGCACUGGACUGAAGACUCUUCCAUCUUCUCACCACGAUGCCCCUGGAGUUCCCUGCCGUCGCCGUGCCACCCACUCCGAGUCGUCUAUCCUGGGGAGUCCCACUCAUCCUACAACUCAUCCUACAGCUACAACAGGAAGUCAGAGCCAGCAGCAGCCUCAGCCUAUGGACCCGGAGAGACGGGAAUUCCUGGAGAGGCGGGGUUUCCCCAGACGCAGGGCUUGGCACUCAGGCUCCUGCCACUCUGCAAACACUGCCCAGAGGUCGUCCAUGUCUCAGGACCCUGGAGCUUUUCCAGCCAGACCUCGCAGUGAGGAGGGAGAAAGGGGUGCUGGGAGUGAAGGCAUGCCCAUUAAGAGGACAGCCUGGAGCCCCGACACCUCCAACACAGAGGACUACACCUGUCCCUUGUAUACUACAGAGGGUUAAAUCAAAGCCUCUUUCCCCAAAGAGGAAUGCAGCACUGGCGUGGGAUGUGUAUGAGGCGACAACUGUAGCUUGAAAUGUGAAUACCAGAGAUAAUGAUGAUGAUGAUGAUGAUGAUGAUGAUAUUGAUGAUAAUUAGUUAAAGGCCCUUUUUGGUAAUUCAGUGACUAACCCAGAAAAUGUCAAUUGUCAAAUAUUCCUUUGUCAGAAUCUUUCUUCUUCUUUUCUAGUCUCCUGCCCAUUUUAUCUCUUGGGGGAAAUAAUAAAUGGCAUCCAGGGAAAACUAGGAACAGGUGAACUUUAUGGCCUGCA